UCUCAAUACAGCAGGAAGUGUAUGACGUCAACACCCAAACAAAUAGACAUCGCUCAUGGUCGUGUGACUCGAUCGGUUGAUGACUCGCUGCUGAUUUAAAAGAACAUUUCACAUCAGAGUCACAUCCCACUGUAACACCAACCAUGUUUAGUAGCGGCGCAAAUUACAGCAAGCUUAAAACCAAUCUGCGACUGACCGUCAAUCGCUUGAAAUUAUUGGAAAAGAAAAAAACCGAACUCGCUGCAAAGGCCAGGAAAGAAAUCGCAGAUUACAUUUCAGCUGCAAAAGAUGAUCGGGCCAGGAUCAGAGUGGAACAUAUUAUCCGCGAAGAUUAUCUUGUCGAGGCAAUGGAACUACUCGAGAUGUAUUGUGACCUUCUACUAGCCAGAUUUGGACUGAUACAGACUCAAAAAGAAUUGGACUCGGGGCUUGAGGAGUCCAUUGCCAGCAUAAUCUGGGCCGCGCCUCGACUUCAGGCUGAUAUACUAGAACUGAAAAAUGUGUCCGACCAAUUCACAGCAAAAUAUGGAAAAGAGUUUGCUCAAGCCUGCCGAACAAAUGAACUUAAUAAUGUUAGUGAAAAGGUCAUGCAUAAAUUAGGUGUAGAGGCCCCGCCCAAGAUUCUUGUAGAACGUUACAUGAUUGAGAUUGCCCGGACCUACAAUGUGCCAUUUGAGCCUGACCCGUCAAUAAUGGCACAGGACGAGAUGUUCAGUGCCGAGAAUUUUCUGAUUGACUUGGGAGAGAAGAAGGGUGGUGGAGGAGGUGGUGGUGGAAGUGGAGGGAUGGGCGUAUUGGAGCCACAAUCAGCAUCCUACCCCCCUCCCCAACAACAACAAUAUCCUCCCCCACAGCAACAGUAUCCUCCCCCACAGCAACAGUAUCCUCCCCCAAAUCAGGCAAUGAUGUACCCUCCCCAACAGGGAAAGCAGCCCCCACCCUUACCCCAGGCACCCCCAUCAGCUGGUGUAGAUACCCCUGCCUACCCACCCCCACAGAGCUCUGACUAUGAUAACUGGUUAGGAGAGGAUCCUAAGAAACGGCUUCAGAACUCUGGCCCCACCCAGCCUCCCCAUCAACAGCCCCCUCCUCCCGGAUUCAAAGAUGGAUUUCCUGAGCUGCCGACAGUUCCAACCAACUCACUACCAGAUCCGGGACACUCCGUGGGGACAAGUUCUGCCGGAGGAGACGAUGUUGAUUUUGAUGAUUUGACGAGAAGAUUUGAACAGUUGAAAAAGAAGAAGUGAACGUUUUUUUAUUACUUUUACAUAACACAAUGAUAACAGUUAAGGACUUUGAAAUGUUUACUUACAUAGUAUACAAGCAUUGUAUUGUGUACAAUUUUCCUAGUCUUGUGACUUUAUACUACAAAAGUAAGUUAUAAGAUGACAAAAAUUAAUUAAUUUAUGUGUGAUUGUGAUAAGUGUACUAUGUAUAAACAUCAGUUUAAAAUAGCCCUACAUUUUGCAUGUUAAUCUAAAAAGACAAAUAUCAAGACUUAGAUUGAAAAACUUUUAUCAACUUUGGUGAAAAGUCAUUAGCAUUACAUACUUUAUUCAGCUGGCAUUGUAAGGUUUAUAUAUAAUUUAUUUGUUAAAGGGAAAAAUGAAAUAGCUGAUUUUGACUGACAAUGAUUUUAUAAAACAAUGAAACAGGUUCUAUAUCUGUAAAUGUGGUACCUCCUUUUGUGUAAAUAUUGAUGUGGAGGUUCAUAGAUAGGGAAGAGCUUAUUUUUUUCUGAUCAAAAAUAAACUUUAUUAUCUUAAUUACAAAACUUGUUGGAAUAGGAAAUAAAGUAAUAAAAGUUAAAGAUCUGGUGAUUAGCUGUAUGGUUGUUGAAAUGCAAGGCAUAACCUUGUUACUGUACAUGUAUAUUAAUGUUUUACACUCAGUGGUCUGUGUGUCUGUCAACCAGGAGAAGGUAACCGUUAGAUUAUUAUACACUUUUGUCCAUUACUAGUAGUUUCUAUAGACAGAUCUUGACUGCUCCUUACCAUCAUUUGAAUACUUGUAUAAUUUAUUUAUGUUUUGAUGAUUAAUGCAAGAAGGCCAUACUGUUAGUGAUAUAGUACAAUAUAUGUAGUAUAUGUUUAGGUACAUUGCGUCUAUUUACUAUAGGUAAAAUGGUAAUGAAGAAAUGCUUUAAGUUAAAAUGUGAUUCAUUAAUGCAUGUUUAUGUGGACAUAUAAAUUGUGUAAACUAAUUAAAAAUGUACAAAAAACUCUGAUAUUAAUUUGUACUGUCAACAAUUUGACAGAACGUUUUAUUUUGUUGAGUUGAAAAUUGAAUCUACUAAGUUUAUGUUCAGUUCCUAAUUCAAACUGUAAAAUGUGGGUGCAAUCCUUUUUCCACUGUUAUAAUUAAAAUGUAUGAAUCUUCAAAAACAAAGUUGUUGGUUUAUAUUGCUAUUUUAUAAGUUUAUAAGUUACAACAUAUACAAAUAGUCAACUUUAUUAACAUAUUGCAUACUUAAUACAUACCGGUAUGUAUACCUCACGAUUCAUAUGAAUGUAGGAUGCUUACACUACUAUAUGUAUCAUGAUACACAUAUCUGCUUAAAAAGUCAUAAGGAAUAUUUAUAUUGUUCUGUCAUAGUUUUAAAUAGUAAAUACAUGUACUAACUAAAUACAUUUUAAUAUGAUUUUUAGUACUUUUGGGUAUAUGACUGCAGAGUGGGCCACAUUCUACUGGAAGAUUCAAAAACUGUUACACUUUUUCAGUAUUUAAUAAGAGAUUGGUCAACAAUUUCAGUCUUGAUAGUGUAUCAUGAUACAAGCAAAUAAAACAAUUGUAUAUGAUACACAAGGAAUUAUCCCAAUAUGAUUUGACAUAAAAAUGUAUUAAUAUUGUUUCAGCCCUAAUACAUCUGGUGAUUUAUGGAAGUUAUUGAACAGUCAUGUCAGUUUAAACACAUGUUGUUUCAUCCGUAUUGCAUGAUUGAUGAAGUCUGCUGGGUGUUCAUGUUGAAUUGUUCAAUACAGAUUUCUUUUGUUAAUCUAAACUGCAUAUAUUUGUUUAAGAAACAAAACCAAAACAAUAUGUCUUCUAUAAAAUAAAUAUCAGCAGUUACUC